GUACACGUGUACUUUUCGUAAACGUUUGGCAUUCUGUGAAGUUUUGUGGUUGUGAAAGACAUUAUGGCAGAAGAGUUGGCAAAGUCUCUAGGAGCAAUUGCAUCGAUUUUGGAAAAUCUACAGAGGAAGGUGGAUGACAAUGGAACGCAAACUCCUAUUUCUUUGGCCUUGCCCAGUUUUGAUCCGGACAGCACCGAUAACCACGUAUGGUUACAAAAAAUAGAGGGAUAUAAAAAUGAAUUUGGUUGGUCUGACCGGGCAACUGUAAGUAGAAUUGGACCUUUUCUAUUAAAAUCUGCACUAGGGUGGUUUUCUGUAUGGCAACCUACUGAAGAAACAUUUGAAAAUUUCAAGAUUGAUUUUUCCGUAUCAUUUCCUAAACAGAAAAAUCUAGCAACUACCAGCGAAAUAGACGAGCAAGCUAAAUCUCGACUAUCAACCUUUGGAAGAUGAUGUUCAAUAAUAAUCAUGGCUUAUAAGUACCUACAUGCUGAGUAGGCAUAUAUACCAUAGUCGUAGUGUUCGCAAUUUUGUAUCUAGUUAUCCAUGUACUCCUGUAACUAGUUAUCCAUGUAUUUUUGUAAUUAGUUAUCCGGGUAUUUUCGUAAUUUUGUAACCAAUUAUUCAUGUACCUUCUAAAUCUCUGUAUCGUUAAAUAAUAAAACUGUAAACU